AUGUCGUCCUCGCGCGCUCCUCGAAAGCGGCCGGGCGGCGAUGAUCACCCGUCACCUGUGCCGCCGAAGAAGACGAAAGCAGCGACGGUGAAAAAAGAAAAGCCAGAAGAGGAUAGCUUGGCAUUGAAGGCCAGCCGAAGUGCCAGGAGAAAGACAGCGACUACUUCUGCCGCCGCGAAGCGACCGAGUACAUCGCCGUCUGCUUCAAAAGCAGUCCCUCGAAAAGCGACCCUCUUUGACGACCUCGAUGUUGUUGGAUCGUCCCCUGCCUCGGCCAGUGGCGUUUCGGAUCUGCAGUACCUGAAGAGCCUUGAGAACGAUGGCGAAGCAAGCGAUGACAGCGACAGCAGCUCUGAGCUGUCCGACAUGUCUGAUGUCGAUUUUGAAGAUGUGCCGCUGGCGCCUGAGGAGAGCAAGAAGGAGGACGUCAAGUCAGAUGACGACGACGACAAUGAUGACGAGGAUGAGGACAUGGAGUUUGAAGACGUCACUGCGCCCGAGCCAGCACCCUUCUCGUUCCUAUCUAUGGCUGUCGACCACGACGAGACUGGCAACAACGGCGGCGCAGCCUCGGGCGACCUCGAGCUGACCCUCAUCGAAGACACCCGUGUCUCGCUGACCGGCCUGGGCGACGCCAAAAAGGGCCCCACAAAGAUCGAGCGCCUCGUGCGCAGCGCCACCCACUGUGUUCAUGUCCAGUCGUUGCUCUGGCACAACGCGAAACGCAACGCCUGGCUGUGCGACCCCGAGGUGCAGGGGCUGCUGUUGUCCCAUAUCCCGCCGCGUCUGUGGGACGAGGUCGAUCGAUGGCGGCUCAAGUCGGGGCUGGUCGUGCCGGAAAGUGACAGCAAGACCAAGGGAAAGGGCAAUACGGUCGGCAAAGGCAAAGGGAGCAGCGGAAAGGGCGCACGCGCCGCUUCUCGAGAGUGGAGCGGCGCAGCGGCGCGGCUGGAACCCGGCGCGGUUGAUAUGAGCCAUGGUGAUCCGCUGUUGCGCCUGCUCCGUGCCCUGUCAUCCUGGUGGCGCCAGAAGUUCCGCAUCACUGCACCUGGCCUGCGCAAAAAAGGCUACAUGACCCUGGAACGUCUUGAUGACUUCCUCAAGGCCGCCAAAGACACUGCGGGCAACAAUCCUCUCCGAUUCGGUGAGCGGAUACGAAAUCGUGCCGCCUUUCGAAAACAUGCUGCCAGUCUAGAGGGAAGUCGCGAUGUUGGCGCACAACUCUUCACAGCGCUACUGCGGGCGCUGGGACUGGAAGCGCGGCUGGUGGCCAACCUGCAGCCUCUUGGGUUUGGCUGGACCAAGCUCGAAGAAGCUGACGUGGAUGAAGACGGAGACAAGGUCGAUGGGAAGUCGGAGGCGCCAGUCGCCACGACGUCAUCAGCAUCAACACCGGCUGCGCCGACACCAAAGAAGCCGAGACCGAAAGCUCCGCCGAGACGGCCAAAAACAAAAGUAAACCCCAAAGAGGAUGGACCCAUCGUGAUUGACGACGACUCUGAUCUCGAGAUGGCCGAGGUGAACAGCGACAACGAGUCAGUCGUGUUUGUUCCCGAUGCGAAGACGACGCCUACCAAGCCCGCUGCUCCUAAGCCUGCAUUCGACAAGGACCUGCACUUUCCCAUCUACUGGACGGAGGUGCUGAGCCCCGUGACGCAGAAAUACAUACCUGUCGACGCUCUCGUCAAGCAUAUUGUCGCCGCAAGCCGUGAGCUGAUUGAAUCCCUCGAACCCCGCGGUGGCAAGGCUGACAAGGCGCGGCAGGUCAUGGGCUACGUCGUCGGUUACUCGGCAGACGGCACCGCCAAAGACGUCACUGUCCGUUAUCUACGGCGGCAGAUGCUGCCAGGCCGCACCCGCGGCGUGCGCUUCCCCGUGGAGAAGAUACCUGUCUACAACAAGCACGGCAAGAUCCGGCGCUACGACAUGCUGGACUGGUUCCGGCAGUCGGUGAUGCGUGGUUAUGUGCGCGGCCAGAGUGCAAAGUAUCCUCUUACCGAGGUGGACGACGCCGAGGAUAGCACGGACCUGCGGCCCGCAGCGGCGGAGAAGAAAGAGGUCAAGGAAGGCGAAGAGACGCUACAGUACUACAAGCAGUCUAAAACGUUUGUUCUAGAGCGGCACCUCAAACGCGAAGAAGCGCUAGUGGCCGACGCUGUGCCAGUCAAGGUGUUUCGCAAUGGCAAGAAGGGCAAAGGCGCUGCAAGGAAAAAGAAGAGCAAAAACGACGAUGCAGGCCUCGAUGGUGAUGACGACGACGACGACGAUACUGCCGACGCCGCUGGUGCUGAAAACGUGUACCUGCGCAAGGAUGUCGUGCAAGUCAAGAGCGCCGAAACAUGGCACAAACAAGGGCGUGCGCCCGUUGACGGCCAGAUGCCGCUGAAACGCGUACCCUACCGCGCUGCCACCAUCAACCGCCGCCGCGAGAUUGCCGAGGCUGAGGCUGCGUCGGGCGAGAAAGUCCUGCAGGGUCUGUACAGUUACGAGCAGACCGACUGGAUUAUUCCGCCGCCGAUCCAAAACGGUGUCAUCCCCAAGAAUGCCUACGGCAACAUUGACCUGUUUGCCGAGCACAUGUUGCCCAAGGGUGCCGUGCACGUGCCCUUCCGCGGCGCCAUGCGCGUGUGCAAGAAGCUGCAAAUCGACUUUGCGGAGGCCGUCAUCGACUUUGAGUUUGGCCACCGGAUGGCCGUGCCUGUCAUCCAGGGUGUCGUGAUUGCCGAGGAGCACCACGACCGUGUGAUGGAGGAGCUGGUCAAGGACGAGGCCGAGCGAACACGCAAGGCCGACGAGAAGAAGCGUGCCGUGGCCCUGAGUCUGUGGCGCAAGCUGCUGAUGGGCCUGCGUAUCGUGGCGCGGAUUCAGAAAGACUACGGCGAGGUGCGGGAGGACGACCGGGUGUUUGGCCACCGCGACGACCGGGGCGUGGUGGACCUGGAUAGCGUGGCGGCGCCCCAUGACGAUGUCGAGACUGCCGGUGGGUUCUUGCCCGAGGGUUACGAGUACGAAGAUGAGCCAGCCACACGGCCAGCAACGACGUCCAGCUUCUUCCCUGUACACGACGAAGGCAACGAAGACGAAGGUGACUUCGACGGAGGUGGUUUUGUUCUAGAGUAA